AUGAAAGUGACAAUUGCCUACGCUUUUGCGAGCAUCUUGCUCCUUGGCUUCGCCAAUAUCGCCAACGGUUCGGAUUGUGGUUGCACCACGACAUCUCCCAAGCCCUGCCCAACAACGGCACCGACUUGUGCGCCAACAACCACUACGACAACAACUACUUGUGCGCCACCCACAAGGCCACCUCCAUGCACAGAAGCCACCACAACCACUAAAAAGCCAACAGUAAAAACCACCACAACAACCAGGAAGACAACAGUGAAAGCCACCACAAAGAAACCCACCGAAACAACCAGAAAGACAACAGUAAAAGCCACCACAAGAGGGACCACCAAAACAACCAGAAAGACAACAGUAAAAGCCACCACAAAGAAGCCCACCACAACAACUAAACGUACAACACCAAAGACCACCAAGACAACUAAACGUACAACACCAAAGACCACCAAAACAACUAAACAUUCAACAGUAAAAGCCACCACAACUAAACGAGCAACACCAAAGACCACCACAAGAAAACCCACCAAUAAGCCAUGUGGCUGCAAGCCCUGCGGCCCUGGAGGUGAACCCUGCGAUGGAUGUCCUAAGAGGGAUGCACUUUGCCAGGAUCUUGUCGGCAUGACUCGCCAGCUCGAGCGCAGGAUCCGCCAGUGCGUCUGCGGUGAAAAGCAAUGGAUGUUGUAA